CAGCCUCCGCCUCGGCAGCAGACUUCAGGAGAACUACUCCCAACCCCUUGUCUGGUCCUCCCUCUCUCUCUCUCUCUCUCUGGUAGUGUCGUUGUGUUUCUCCGUCCGUUCUCUUCUCUCCUCCAUCCAGAAAGCAACCAAGACAGACAGCUAUGUACAGCUACAGGUCCUCCACAGGCCCUGCCUUCAGCAGCGGCGGCUCCACCAUCAUCAGCCAGCGCCGGGUGGGACACACCAUGUCCUCCGCCCCCAAGGCCUUCAGCGUCUACGGCGGCGGCUCGGGGGGCGGCAGCACCCGCAUCUCCUCCUCCAGCUACCGCGGAGUCUCCUCGGGCAUGGGGGGCGGUAUGGGCAUGGGAAUGGGCAUGGGAGGUGGCGGCGGCGGUUUCAGCCUGUCCAGCGCCCUGGACCACCAGGACACCAUCCACGUGAACGAGAAGGCCACCAUGCAGAACCUGAACGACCGUCUGGCCAACUACCUGGACAAGGUGAGGUCGCUGGAGAAGGCCAACGCCGACCUGGAGCUGAAGAUCCGGGAGUACUACGAGACCAAGGGCCCCAUCGCCGAAAGGGACUACAGCAAGUACUGGGCCAUCAUCAACGACCUGAAGGACAAGAUCAACAAUGCCACCAUAGACAAUGCCAACGUCCUGCUGUCGAUUGACAACGCAAAACUGGCAGCUGACGACUUCAAGACAAAGUUCGAGCACGAGCUGAUGAUGCGUCAGUCUGUGGAGGCGGACAUCGCCAACCUGAGGCGCCUGCUGGACCAGACCACGCUCACCAAGUCCGACCUGGAGUCGCAGAUCGAGGGCCUGCAGGACGAGCUCGCCUUCCUCAGGAAGAACCACCAGGAGGAAGUCGCUGCCCUGCGCUCCCAGAUGACCCACAACGUCAACGUGGAGGUGGACGCGGCGCCGCAGCAGGACAUGAACCGCAUGCUGGAGGAGAUCCGCAGCCAGUACGAGACCAUGAUCGACAAGCACCGCCGCGACCAGGAGGCCUGGUUCAACGAGAAGUCCACCACCCUGAGCAAGGAAGUGUCGGUCAGCACAGAGACCAUCCAGGCGUCCAAGACAGAGAUCAACGACCUGCGGCGCACGCUCCAGGGCCUGGAGAUCGAGCUGCAGUCACAGCACAGCAUGAAAGGGGCAAUGGAGAACACACUGCGCGACACGGAGGCACGCUACAGCGCCAUGCUGGCGGGCUACCAGAGCCAGAUCGACAGCCUGGAGGGGGAGCUGCAGCGGGUGCGGGCCAGCAUCGAGCAGCAGGGCCAGGAGUACCGCAUGCUGCUGGACAUCAAGAGCCGGCUGGAGCAGGAGAUCGCCGUCUACCGCGGCCUGCUGGAGAAGGAGGAGUCCCGGUAGAGCGGGCUGACAUAGGGGGAACACAGCGCCACCACCAGGAGGGGAGUUUGUUUGAUGUUCGUGUUCGGUGUGGGGGAUGACCAGUGUUGCCAGAUUG